AUGAGCAGUAACCUAGUCCCAGUGGUCAUUCCGUAUCCUGAUCUGGCGCAUCCCCAUGAUCCAUCCCUUCGCGAGCGCCUCCGACAAGCCCUCGGAUCGCACAGAGGUGCUUUAGGGAUCGUUGUCAUAUCAGAAUUACCUGGAGACUUCCCAGCACUACGUGAAAAGCUCUUUCGACUAGCCCAAGAACUCGCGACGCUACCAGUCCAUGAAAAGCAAAAGUUGGAAAGACCAGAUACGUCCUACAUGUUCGGAUGGUCCCAUGGGAAGGAAGUAAUGAAUGGCCGUCCAGAUACCCAAAAAGGCUCCUACUACGCCAACCCCCUACUGGAUCAACCGGACGUCUCAGAACGGUUGCGACAAGACCACCCCGAGUACUAUGCUGGGAAUGUCUGGCCCAACGGUAUACAGCGACUGGAAGAGUUUGAGAAAACGUUCAAAAGUCUCGGUCGCAUAAUCUUUGAAGCUGGCCUCCUGCUCGCAAAGGCAUGUGACAAGUUUGUAGUCGAGCCAUCGGAUAGACACGGAACAAUAUCAUCUUUGAUACAACAUUCCAAAUCAAACAAAGCGCGGCUCUUGCAUUACUAUCCUCAAGAUCAAGAAGCCGGGUCGUCCGAUUGCGAAUCGACUUUGGGCAACGAUGCGCUCUGCGGUACACAUCUGGAUCAUUCCCUCCUUACGGGUUUAUGCUCUGCAAUGUAUCUAGACGCUGCAGAUCCAUCAAAGGUGGUGCCCAGCCCAUCUGACACGACUGGUCUUUGGAUAUAUCCACGUGAAAGCGAUACUGCAGUCAAGGUCUCCAUCCCAGAACAAUGUCUCGCAUUCCAAACGGGUGAGGCGCUGUCUCUGCUCACAUCCCAGCGUUUAGCAGCGACACCCCAUUUUGUUUCCGGUAGUACUGCCUCGACUACUCCCGUGUCACGCGAAACGUUUGCAUUUUUUUUACAGCCUGACGUAGACGAUGUCAUAGGAGAAGAUGGAGAGACGUUCGGGGCGUUCACAAAGAGGGUAUUAGGCAGACAUUACCAAGGGGACGUCGCUGCGGAAGCUGAAGAUUGA